AUGAAGUCCUCACUGAUAAAUCGUUUGAAGAAGAUGAGAGGCAAAAUAGUGAAGAAGCGCAAGAAGGGCGCACACUAUUAUAGACCCCUCAACCUAGAUGACCUACCGAAAAAUACAACACCGACACAGAUUAAUAACAAUGCCAAUCAAACGUCCAAAUCAUCGACACAAAUAAGCAAGACAGGCAAUAGAAAUAAAAUUACAAUGCCACCAAUAGUCAUAUAUGGCAAAACCAAGAAUCAAACAGAACUUAUAAGAGACAUAAAAGCUAUUACAACAGGUGAAUUCCCAGUAAAACAUACAAACUAUACGACAAUAAUUUUCGUAGAAAAUAAGGCCGAUCAUGAAAAGAUACUAAACAAUAUUAAAAGUGGGAAAAUGCCAUUUCAUACUUAUACAGCAAGGGAAGACAAAUUUCACGUCUUCGUGCUAAGGAACUUUGCUGAGGAUAUAAAAGUUGAAUAUAUCAGAGAAAAUCUUGAAGAGGAGCAGGAAAUAGUGGCUAGAGACAUAUUUCCCAUGAAAACCAAAGAAAGACCACUAUAUCUAAUCGUCACAGAUCCAGUUAUGACACUGGAUUAUUUAAACAAAAAUGACAUGUUUGCUAGGAACAAGUUUACUAACUUCAAACAAACGCAGGUUUAUAUAAACCCGAAAAAAUAUUACUAA